AAAUCUCGCGGCGGUGCUGCGGGAUUGGGAGACGUUGCGGUCAGUGCUCGAGACCCCCUUCCUCCGGGGCUUUCACAGGGCGGGCUGUAGUGUCCCGCCUUCAGGAGGUGUUUGAUUAGAGAGUGUCUGUAACGGAGGGAGAGUGUUUGCUGCUGCGAUUCAGGGCCUGGCCUCCCAAUUUGGGAAUGUCCUCCUGAACCCCUCACUCAAACAACAACCACUAAAGCUGCACUGUUAACAACCAGGGGCUUGGGUAAUCAGGGGGUGUGGGGGUGGACACAGUUAAAAAAUCACACACCAGGUUGAUUGCCAGAAGAUGCAAAGAGCUUCGAGGUUAAAGAAAGAAAUGCAGUUGUUGGCAAGCCAGCCCCCGCCUGGAGUCUCCUGUUGGCAAAAUAAUGACCAAAUGGAUGAUUUACGAGCCCAGAUUUUGGGAAGUGUCAAUUCACCCUAUGAAGGAGGAAUAUUUAAUCUUGAAAUUAUUGUUCCUGAAAGAUAUCCAUUUGAGCCUCCAAAAAUUCGGUUUCUGACCCCUAUCUACCAUCCUAACAUUGAUACUGCGGGAAGGAUCUGCCUAGAUAUCUUGAAGCUGCCUCCGAAGGGUGCCUGGAAGCCAUCUCUUAAUCUCUCUACUGUGUUAACCUCUAUUCACUUACUGAUGUCAGAACCUAAUCCAGAUGAUCCCCUCAUGGCUGAUAUUUCAUCUGAAUUCAAAUACAACAGACAGUCUUUUUUAGAAAAUGCAAAACAAUGGACAUUAAAAUAUGCAACACAAGAAAAAAAAGAUGAGAUUUCCAGCUGCUUGAAAGAGAAUCAGAGCCAGGUUGAAGAUAAGAAUCAGAGCCAGGUUGUGAAUAAGGAUAUACCAGUAUCAAGAAAGAGAUCUGCCUGUGAUUCUGAAAAUGCUAAGAAAUUUUGUUUAUAAAUAAUGUGGUACUUUCCAUUUGUAUUUUGAUAUCUUUUAAUUUUUUUAACUACCCUGUAAAUGUGUUGCUUACGUGGUUUAGUAAAUGUAGCUUUUGACAAUGACAGUAAAUUACCAAUAAAUGAUAAAGAAAACAGAUGAGUAAAUGAUUUUUCUCCAUAGGUGCUGCUCAAUAUUUCCAGUAUUUUGUUUUGAUUUCACGUUUUCAGUAUCUGUAAUAUGCUGUUUUAGGACUGGGUUGAAUAAAUCUAGAUCAGGUGCAUGGG